UCUUACCAUUUAUCCAAGACAAAAAAAAAAAAAAAAAAACUUAAACUAUUAUGUGCUGCUUACAUAUCUACCCAUUUAGUCAUCCCAAUUACACCUAUCCUCUCUUCUCUUUUCUUUUCUUCUCUCUCCCCCCUCCUCUAAUGUCAUAUUUUCUUUCUAAGAAGACCUGGUCGUCGUUUUAUCUUCUAUUUCUUCAACAUUAAGAAUAGAGAAUAUCAACAGUCCUCAGUCCUUACUCCUCUCCUUACCCAGCCCAUAACCAAGAGAGAGAGUGAGAAAUAGUUUUGCAGCUUUUGCUUUUGCUUUUGCUUUUCCUUAUUUGGCGCGAAAAUGGAAACUGACGAACUGCAGAGCAUGCUCUCAGAGCAACGGCGUGAAAUUAUGGCGGUCAAAGCCAUAGACUCCGACCUCGACAUAGCCUUCAAGCUUCAAAUGCAAGAGGCCAUGAACGCCUCUCUCUCUCUUCAACCCUCCUCUUCCUCGUCGUCGUCGUUGUCGUCGCAGCCUCCGCAAGUUCACCUCCCAGAAGACGACGACGACGACGUUACAGGCUCCGUCCUCGCUCACUUCCUCGCCGAAGAGAUCGAUCGCUUCGAGCAAGAACGCAGCGAUCGAGAGCAGGUCGAAGCCGAGAUGAGGCGAAUGCGCGACGAUAUCGACCGUCAAAUGCACGAUCAGAUAUUCGCUCGCGACCUGCUCGGUGUGCCCGAGGAGGAGUGGAUCAAUACCGGCGAUCAUUUCCACAGACCGUACGGCGAGGGUACCUCGGCGGCGGGAGAGGCCAAUGCCGAGACUUUUAGGUUGUAUUUCAAGGGUUUGGUUAGCGAAGAGACGGUUGGGGGUGAGAAGAAGGUGUUGGCUUCGAUUGGGGUUGCGAUUUGCGGUUUGAGAAAUGAUCCGAUUUUUGAGUUUCGGAAGCCUUUGGGUGGCUGCGAGACGAGCGGCGAAUCGGCGGAGGUGGAAGCGUUGAUCGAAGGCCUCAAUGCGGCUGUCACUCUGGGUUUAAAGAGGGUCACCAUUUACUGUGAUGACAAUACGCUCUUCCAAUAUCUCACCGGUCAAGGGCGCCCAAGACAAUGCAACAUUGCUGCCUUAGUUGAACAGGUGACUCUUCUCCGUAGAAAAUUUACAUGUUGCAAUUCAUCUCUCGUGGCACAAAACGAUAUCAAGUUUGCAUUUGAACUUGCAAGGGAUGCAAUAGUUUCUCAGAUCACCCGGCCAGCAGAAAAUAGCCACGGCAAGAAUUUGAUUGAGAUUUGUGUAAUAUGUACGGAAGAUACUGAUGUUACUCAGAUGUUUUGGAUUGAUUAUUGCCUGCACCGGUACUGCUUUUCUUGUAUGAAACAGCAUGUUGAAGUUAAGCUGCAUCAAGGGAUGCUACCUAAAUGCCCUCAUGAAGGAUGCAAGUCUCUGCUGAAAAUUGAGAGCUGCAGGAAGUUCUUGACAUCUGAAUUAUAUGAUAUUAUGAGCCAGCACAUAAAGGAAGCUUCCAUUCCUGCAACAGAUAAAGUCUAUUGCCCAAAUCCUAGGUGCUCGGCAUUAAUGUCAAAAAUUGAGAUGAUAGGGAGUGCCAUUAAUGUAUUUGCAGGUGCUCAAGUUGGAGCCAGAAAAUGUGCAAAAUGUGGUGGCUUUUUCUGUGUGAAUUGCAAGGUUGCUUGGCAUAAUAACAUGACCUGCUAUGAUUACAAAAGGUUAAAUCCUUAUCCAUGUGAAGAAGAUGCAAAACUGAAGUCUGUUGCAAGAAGGAACGCCUGGCGGCAGUGUGUGAAAUGCAACCAUAUGGUUGAACUUGCAGAAGGUUGCUACCACAUUUAUUGCAGAUGUGGAUAUGAAUUCUGCUAUACUUGUGGAGCAGAGUGGAAGAACAAGAAAGCAACUUGUAAUUGUCCAAUCUGGGAUGAGCGCAACAUUAUACACAAUUGACGAACGUGAUAGGGCUAGGUAGCAUAGAAAGAUUAGAAGGUGAUGAUUAACACUGAAGGUUCAGAUUAACAUAUUUUGCUGGUAUAUAGGCUAUAUAGCCCAUCGACUCCAACUGCCUCCACCCCUUCUCCCUUUUUUAUCUUCUCUAGAACAAUGUUUAUAUAUGCUGGAAGGAUCAAAAUAAUCAGAUGCUUAUUGAGGAUUUGCUGACAGUGGCCUUUUUCUGUCAUUUUAAAUGUGUGCAGGCUUGAUUUUUC